AAAUCAAAAGCCAAUCGUAACCUCUCUCUCUCUCUUGCUUGGGCGGUACCAGAAGAGCCGCUCCCCUUUUGUUUUCUCUCUCCUAAAAAAAUUCAAAUUCUGCCUCUCUCUCCUCCACCUCACAAUUCACAAUCCCCCUCAGUGCCCUCACAAGUUACAGUCCUCUAGGGUUUCACCCCCUCACCGACUUCUGCAAGCCCAAUCGGCCAAUCCCUCUCUGUAUUUAUACUUUCUGUCUAAGCAUUGAUCUCGAUCUCAAUCAAUGGCGGAAGAACCAGUACCACAGGCUUCGACUUCGAAUGCUGCACCGUUGGGUCACUCGGUGAUUCCGAUAGUGAACAAGCUCCAGGACACCUUUGCACAGCUCGGAAGCCAGUCAACGAUAGAGCUCCCUCAGGUGGCCGUCGUCGGAAGCCAAAGCAGCGGCAAAUCGAGCGUUUUGGAGGCUUUAGUUGGCCGGGACUUCUUGCCGAGGGGUUCCGAUAUUUGUACAAGAAGGCCCUUGGUUUUGCAGCUCCUCCAGACAAAGAGGAAAGCGGGUGGAACCGAGGAGGAGUAUGGAGAGUUCCUGCAUCUUCCGGGGAAGAGGUUUUUCGAUUUUAAUGAUAUUCGAAGGGAAAUUCAGGCUGAGACAGAUAGGGAAGUUGGAGGAAACAAAGGUGUUUCGGACAAGCAGAUUCGCUUGAAGAUUUUUUCACCAAACGUCCUGGAUAUUACCCUGGUGGAUUUGCCGGGCAUAACAAAGGUUCCUGUUGGUGACCAGCCUUCUGAUAUUGAAGCACGAAUUAGAACAAUGAUAAUGUCCUAUAUUAAACUACCAAGCUGUUUAAUACUAGCUGUUACACCAGCAAAUUCUGACCUAGCAAACUCAGAUGCUCUUCAGAUAGCUGGAAAUGCUGAUCCCGAUGGCUAUAGGACAAUUGGUGUAAUCACAAAGUUGGAUAUUAUGGACAGGGGUACUGAUGCCCGCAAUUUUUUACUUGGAAAAGUGAUUCCCCUCCGACUUGGUUAUGUUGGUGUUGUGAAUCGUAGCCAAGAGGAUAUUAUGAAGAACCGGAGCAUUAAGGAUGCACUUGUGGCCGAGGAGGAGUUCUUUCGUAGUCGUCCAGUGUACAAUGAUCUUGCUGAUCGUUGUGGAGUCCCCCAGUUGGCAAAGAAGUUGAACCAGAUUCUGAUACGGCAUAUUAAGACACUGCUUCCAGGGUUGAAGUCUCGCAUUAGCACUGCAUUGGUUUCUGUUGCUAAAGAGCAUGCUAGUUAUGGGGAAGUCACAGAAUCAAAGGCUGGUCAGGGAGCUCUUCUACUGAACAUUCUUUCGAAAUAUUCUGAAGCUUUCUCUUCAAUGAUAGAGGGAAAAAAUGAGGAAAUGUCAACUUCUGAAUUGUCUGGUGGAGCAAGAAUUCAUUAUAUCUUCCAGAAUAUAUUUGUGAAGAGUCUGGAGGAGGUGGACCCCUGUGAGGAUUUAACGGAUGAUGACAUCCGUACAGCCAUUCAGAAUGCAACUGGUCCUAAAUCGGCUUUAUUUGUUCCUGAAGUUCCAUUUGAACUUCUUGUUCGAAGACAAAUAGCUCGAUUGUUAGACCCAAGUCUUCAGUGUGCUAGAUUUAUUUACGAUGAGUUAAUAAAGAUGAGCCAUCGCUGUAUGGUCAAUGAACUGCAGCGGUUUCCUGUUCUAAGAAAGCGCAUGGAUGAAGUUAUAGGGAACUUUCUGCGGGAAGGCCUCCAACCUUCAGAGACAAUGAUUGGGCACAUAAUUGAAAUGGAGAUGGAUUACAUAAACACUUCACACACAAAAUUUAUUGGUGGGAGUAAAGCUGUGGAGAUGGCCUUGCAACAGGUGAAGUCCUCUAGGGUAGCUGCACCCAUUCCAAGGCAGAAGGAUUCAUUAGAUUCAGAAAAAGCACCUACAUCUGAAAGUCGUCUUAAAUCUCGGGCUAUUCUUGCCAGACCCGUGAAUGGAGUAGUUCCUGAGCAGGGGGUUCGGCCUGUUGUAGAUAUUGAGAGAUCAGCAUCAUCUGGAAGCACUACUGGGUCAGCUUGGGGAAUUUCAUCAAUUUUUGGUGGGUCUGACAACCGCAUGUCUGCCAAAGAGAACUCAACAAGCAGGCCAUUCAGUGAACCUGUUCAGAGCAUUGAGCACGCAGUCUCUAUGAUCCAUUUAAGAGAGCCCCCAAGCAUCUUGAGGCCUUCAGAAACCCAUUCAGAUCAGGAGGCUAUUGAAAUUACUGUGACAAAGCUGCUGUUGAGGUCAUAUUAUGACAUUGUUAGGAAGAACAUUGAGGAUUCUGUACCUAAAGCAAUUAUGCACUUCCUGGUAAACCACACUAAACGAGAGCUGCACAAUGUCUUCAUCAAAAAGCUUUACAGAGACAACUUGUUCGAAGAGAUGUUGCAGGAACCGGAUGAAGUGUCAAUGAAGAGAAAGCGUACCCGGGAGACACUCCGUGUUCUACAGCAGGCUUUCCGGACAUUGGACGAAUUACCACUUGAAGCUGAGACAGUCGAGAGGGGUUACAGCUUGAGUAAUGAUCCAACUGGCCUGCCGAAGAUCCAUGGACUUCCUACAUCAUCUUUGUAUUCUACAAGCAGUGGUUCAACUGAAUCAUACACAGCUUCUCCUAAGAACCCAAAGGCUCGCAAGUCCUCUCAUUCUGGAGAGCUACACUCACCAUUCUAUGCUAACUCAGAUUCCAAUGGAGCUGGACGCAAUUCCUUUCUAGGUCUCUAUCCCACAGUUGAUGUGUAAUCCGUUGGCAAAGAAUGAACUGGACGAAACCUGUCAGUGCAUUAUCGUCCAUUGAUUACUGUCUAUCCUGCAAUCUCAGAAGAUCCCAGGAAUCCUGCCUGCUGUAUCUAGCUAGCUCGGUGGGGUAACAAUAUUCUUUUAUCAUAGCCAGUCAUUUUGACUAUAGUUUUGCUUAAUCCAUUGCUCGUAGUUUCCUUCCAUUAUGGUUGGUUAUAUAUGUAUUGUUUUUGGAAAGUUCCGAAAAGAAUAACAGUAACAAUUGACAAUUGGCUGUUCUGACUCCGUAUAUUUUUCUCCCCAAUUUCUUUCCCGUAAUUUGUUGCAUCUUGAAACUGUGGACAGCAAGUACUGCAGUGUUAAAACCCAAUUAUAAACAUGUACUGAAAGCUAGUGUACAGUUUACAUAUGUUUUAUGGAUCUAUGUAAUUGUAUCCAGUAUGUCAUUUGGGGGUGAACAUACCAGGAUGGUUUUAGUUUUUUAAUUCAACGAAUGAUUUGACACGAGGAUGGAACUUUGUCCAGCGGUAAAGUUGUUCUAUUAAGUUUGGCUAAAGCUGUAAAUAUUUGAUGGUCU